GGCAAGAAGCAGGGACUAAAGUGCUAUUCGUGCGGAAAGGAAGGACACUACGCACGAGACUACCGUAGCCGCAAGGUGCAACUACAGCAGAACUACAAGGCGGAUCUUAGGGAGGUCAACGCUAUAGAGAUCAACGUUACAGAACGACGUAAUCCAUUUGCCGAACACAUUCAGGAAGCCAUUAACGUUAUUUAG